AUGGAUAAUAGUGAAGAUGAAUCAAACUUAUCGUAUACCUUUGAGUGCGAUGAAAGCCUGAAAGGACUCAAUGGGCCUUCAAAUGACAAUUCACGAGUCAUCACUUUCCCUCUCGAUAAAGGGAAAGAUGAUGACUCAUCGACAAACCUCUUCUAUGGAACCAGAGUGACAAAUGACAAAGAUGGUGACUACAUAAACACUAAUUUUGCAACCUUACAGGACGACACAGAUUUUUCCGAAGACGAUGAUGACGGAGCAAGCACUAGUAGUGGAAUUAGCUCGUCUAGUCGAGAAAGUAGCUGCUCUACCGAUAUUUCUAGUUCUUCAUCGUCGUCUGGUGAUGAAUCUAUUGGUACUGAGAUUGCAGCCGCUAUCAAUGACUUUCUUGAAACUCCCAUUUGGUUAGCAGAGCUAAAAACUACUGAAUUUGGUGAUGAACCUGAGCUGUCAGAUUUCUUGCUUAUUUGCCAAGAUAUUUUACAACAAGAAUUAUCAUCAAAAUCUUACAACACGUUUCCUUCAUUUAUACGGUUUCAUGAUGAAUACUUGCGUUCUGAAGAUCCGUCAUUUGUGAAGUUUGUCACUUCAUUCAAGUCUAGGUUGUACCAUGAUGGGCUCUCCUGUGUUGGAUUGGCUAUCUCGCUUCUCAACUUGCUUGUUCUUCGGUUCCCUGAUUAUGCAGCCUCUAUUGGCCUGGUUUCAUGUGAAGAGGUCGUUAAAGAUCCGGAUAACUAUUGCAUUUAUUCUCCGAGUGCGAAAAAAGAGCACUGUAUGGUUGCUAUUAAAAUUGCUAUCGGCUCAAGAUUAGGAACCAUCUUACUUGACCCCGGUUAUCAUGUUAAUAAACCAAUAAUCGUGAUGGAAGAUGGUCUUUAUCCUCAUACUGGUUGGUUCGUUCAAAAUAAAACCCCUAAUAAUAUCAAGGAGUAUAAUUAUUCAUCAGUUGACAAUGAAAGUGGUUUGGUUGCUUGGACUGUUCGAGAAACAAAAAAUGGUCGUGUUAAAGAGUACGUCAAUUUGAUUUAUGUACGCCGAUCUUUUGCUAAAUCUAUCGAGAUCACCGAGAAACGUUCUCAUAUCUAUGGAUUUAAAUCGUGGGUAAUCAGGUCUAAAACAGAAGUUAUUGCUGGAAUGUAUGGAUCACUUGAUAGUAACAUGAUCUCGGUGUUCUAUCCAGAUGUUAAUGGUGAACGAAAAACGAUUAAACUUUCAUUAAAUGACAUAGAUCAACCAUUUUUCCGAUCAGUCAUCUCCAAAUUGGCCAUUUAUGUGGAAGGAAUGAGUUAUAGAGCAGCCAAACACAGUUUAAUUCGUACUCUUCGUAAAUAUGCUUCAGCUCUGCAAGAUACCGCUUUCAUUACCCAGUUAAAAGCAGUCGAUUUCCUAUUAGAAGAAGAUUAGUCUCGAAUUGGAUGGAUCAAAGAAUUAUUGAAUAAAUGCCAUGUUUUCGGAUCAUCUUAAAAUCCCAUUUUGUCAGUUUUAUUUUAAAUCCUAUGUUAGUUUGACACAUAAUAAAUGUACCCUUUAAUGAUUAACCUAAAA